ACGACACUGGCGACAGCAGCUGGGAGAGCAAAGACACCUGAAGGGAGGGGGUGGAGAACUCGAGUUUCUUCCCUUCUUCAUAUUUACCAGUAGAGAAGGGGUUAAUAGUCUUUUCCCUUGAGAGGAAGGCGGGUCAGACUGAAGGUCAGGAGUACUUGUCUAAUCUCACUGGGACAGGUGGACAUAGACAAACAGCUUCUAUAAUCUUCAUUUGGACUGCCACAACUUGAAAUAACAAGAGUCGCUUUGUUGAUUUGUCAGACUGCUGAGUGAUUUACGAGGGGGUUCAGCUUUGGAGAAGUUGGUUGAAAAUCUCUCAAGUUUGCAAUACAAAGAGCUGCAUUCAAGCAAGGAAGGAGGCUCAAUUCUCUUCCGAGCCAGCUUCCGAGCUUGGUAUGGAUAAUGGUAGAGCGGUGGAAGGUCAAGUAGGGUUGAAACAGAAAGAUGCAGAGAUCAGAGUCCAUGGACGUAUCCUUCCAGAGAGUACUGAACAGAAAAAAAGUGUGAUCAACUCCUUGGUGUCUGGGGCAUUGGCUGGCGCUGUGGCCAAAACAGCUGUGGCACCGUUGGACAGGACAAAAAUCAUUUUCCAAGUGUCGUCGAAUCGGUUUUCUGCUAAGGAGGCCUACCGGCUGAUCUAUCGUACCUACCUCAGUGAAGGCUUCUUCAGCCUAUGGCGAGGCAACUCGGCCACCAUGGUUCGGGUGAUCCCCUACGCUGCCAUCCAGUUUUGUGCACACGAGGAGUACAAGCAGCUUUUGGGCAGCUACUAUGGCUACCAGGGAAAGGCACUCACCCCUCUGCCCAGAUUCGUCGCAGGCUCUCUGGCAGGGAUCACAGCUGCCAUGUUGACAUACCCCCUGGACCUGGUUCGUGCCCGUAUGGCAGUGACGCCGAAGGAAAUGUACAGCAACAUAAUUCAUGUAUUUAUGCGGAUAUCUCACGAGGAAGGAUUAAAGACCCUGUACAGGGGCUUCUCCCCUACCAUUUUGGGGGUGAUCCCUUAUGCUGGAUUGAGCUUUUUCACUUAUGAGACACUGAAGAAGCUGCACGCAGAUCACAGCGGGGGGAGAGAGCCCUAUCCCGUGGAAAGGCUUGUGUUUGGGGCUUGUGCAGGCCUGAUUGGGCAGUCGGCCUCUUACCCUCUGGAUGUGGUCCGUCGACGGAUGCAGACCGCAGGAGCGCUGGGCUACUUCUACGGGUCUAUCUUCCUCACCAUGAGGGACAUCAUUCGGGAAGAGGGACUCAUCCGAGGCUUGUACAAAGGGCUGAGCAUGAACUGGGUCAAGGGUCCCAUUGCCGUAGGCAUCAGCUUCACCACCUUUGAUCUCAUGCAGAUUCUCCUCCGUAAAUGGGAGCGCAGUAUGAAUGUGCAGAGGUAACGCCAAACCGCCGCCCCGGUUCCUUGUGGAGAGGGAGUGGCCACCACGGUGGCACCAGUGCUGACAGACGAGGAUGGACAAUCCUCCUUUUUUAACCCCCUUUCCCUGAUCCCAGUUGAGAUUCUCACGGUAGAUCUGAAUGACCUCGGAGAAGUCUGUUUCAGACACACAGAUUCCUCUAAACUGUGGCCAUCUCCUCUCUGGUUUCCAGAUAAUGAAUGUGCGAAGAAAUAAUAGUAGAAAUCAGUGCAGGAUUUUCACUGUUUUUAUGACGUGAUCUACACACCCCCUGAAUUUUCCAAAUGGGGGAGAAACGGGGGACUCGUUCACUGCGAGCCUCAUCACAGGAGGCAGCAGCUGAUGUGGUUUUAUCUGUGUCAACCUUUUUUUGCCCCCAACUCUUCCCCACUCCCCUUUUAUUUUUUUUAAAUUUGUCCACAACUCUCCUCACAUAUCAUUCAUUACCUCUUGGAAGGGCAGUGCCAGAUUGGGGUGGGAAUAUUUUUCCAUAGAGUUGACUAAAAAAAAAAAAAGACGGACACUUCCUCUGGCAUUUUUGUUGCUGGAAACCAGGGAGAUCCUUAGCUGGGGAACUCAAUCUUAAAUCAAUAGUUGUUCAGGUUGUCAUUUUCCAGAGCAGCAUUUUUAAAUAAAGGAUUUUGUGUUUUGUUUUUUUUUUGUUUUUCAAAGAAAUAAAAAAGCAACAACUUACCAGAUAGGUUUUGCUUUCCAUUGGAGAUGGGUCACUCUGGGGAAAACAUUACCAGUGCGCAGUGUUAACUGGAAACGCUUGCUGUCUUGAUAGGCCAGGGGGUCUUCAAAAUUGGCCCUUUUGUGACUUGUGGACUUCAACUCCCAGAAUUCCUCCACCAGUGUGCCUGCCUGAGGAAUUCUGGGAGUUGAAGUCCACAAGUCACAAAAGGGCCAAGUUUGAAGACGCGCGAUAAGCUAUCUGUUUCAUUUCUUCAGUAUUAUUAUUACUUCCACAGUAGGGAAAAGUAGAGAAUGGAUGUCAUAAGUGUUUGGUUGGAUGGUAGGAACUUGAAGGGAUAUUAUGAGCUCCUGAGAAUCUCCUCUUCCUAGUUAACGUUAACUUGGGUUGGGUUCUCAGAUUGAAUGAAGAGCCUCUGGCUCUUUUUCUCUGGGCCCUCCCUGCUUUGUGCAUUUUUAAGAUCCUGCUCGCUUGAAAUGGGAGAAAACACAACCUGUUGGCCAAACCAGCAACCUCGUGGUGUAGCCUCCUUCCCAAAUAGUAUAAUCCCACUACUUAUCUUCCCUUUCUCCUUUCAUUUGCUGCUGCUUGUCAGAGUGGAGAAUACCGUCGUGCCACGCUGAGCAAACUUCUUGUGGCAGCUUAUAUAUUUGCUGCGUUUGGGUCUCUUUGGAUAGCUUUUUGCUGCAUCGGUUCUGCUAUUUUUUUCUCCUGCCUGUUUUCUGCUUCAUUCAACUUUAAUGCCACUUGGGGGGGAAAUAGCAACAGAUUAUACCCUGAUACAAUUCUUAAGCCUUUCCCUUCGGACUAAAGCAGGGGUGAGGAACAAUGGCCCUUUUAUGAUUUGUGGACUUCAACUCCCUGAAUUCCUGGCCAUUGGCUCAGGAAUUCUGGGAGUUGAAGUCCACAAGUUAUAAAAGGGUCAUAGUUCCCCAUCCCUGCUAAGGAAGAAAGUUGGAAUGGUGUAUGUUACAGCAAUAGGUAUUAUGGGUCUGUGGUAAGGCUAAAAGACACACGAUUGUGAACUGACAUGGAUCCUUCCCCACAUUUUGUACAAGAGGCUGGAAACUGACAUUUUGUUGGCCACAAAAUAUUUUGUGGUGAUCUGCAUGCACUAUGCCUCUUCACACCCAGCAUCCUAAUUGUUCUUUGCAUGAUCCUAAAAAUUCUACAACCUGUUGAUUCUUUUGCAACAGCGCUAAUCAAAAUGGUUUCUGCAAAGGGGCUCAGAAACUAACAGAAGCUUUUGUCGUUGUAAAGCUUUUUCUGCAUUUGAGAUGCCGUAAGCACCCACCCCCAGAUACCAUAUUUUUUAAGAGGCAGAAUCCAGAAUGUGAAGUGUAGCUGUUGUGCGCACAGAACACGUUGACUGUGAAGGAAGAUACAUGAGUGGCCUCAAGGCUUAGCCGCCAACAUGCACAAGUCAAAUCACAAAUCAGUAAAUGUGAAAAAUGUCUCAAAUUGAGAUUUAUGAAUAUAACUCAGCUCUUAGAAGGCUUUUCUUCCGAUUUUAGAAAUUUUUAGAUUUCCCCCCCCCCUUUCCACUUCUUAAGCUUGGUUGCCAAUCUAGCUUGUGUUUUUGUUUUUUAAACUGCUUUAUAUAAUUAACACUGUACCACUUACCUUAUGGUCUUGCAUAGAGCCUUUUGUCCAGAAAUGUUAGACACUCACAAAUCAUCCCCUGGUCAUUGUAAUCAAAUCAAAUUCAUUGGGGCGAAUUGGAUAUUUAGCUGGGGAAGCCUGCUAUAAUAGGGAUUAGUAACCUCUUUGUGGGCAGCUAAUGUGGGCCUCCCUCCUGUUCCCCAGUAUUAAGUCAGCUGGAGAAUCUCACCAAGGCAAGCUCAGCAGGGUCUUUUUCUCCCAACUGCACAUUCCUAAGGUAGAGAGUCUAGACCAGGAGUCUCCAAAGUUGGCAACUUUAAGACUUGUGGACUU